AUGGGUGUUCAGAAAAAGACCCGCAAGUUCGCAGUCGCAAAGCGAACUAUCCAGCUCCGUGACAGUCGCCUAAAAGCCAACGAUAAAUCAGCCAAGGAUGAGAAAUCUAAAGGCAAGGAUGAUGUGAUUCGCGAAGCCAACAAUGCUAAUACCGAGUAUCGACGGGCCUCCAGACCGCAAGUGCCUUCUUCUCUGUUCUUCCAGUACAACACCGCCCUCACGCCACCCUACUCAGUCCUUGUCGAUACCAACUUCAUCUCACAUACCAUUCAACACAAAUUGGACGUAAUCCCCACGAUGAUGGACUGCCUCUAUGCCAAGUGUAUUCCCAUCAUCACAGAUUGCGUGCUUGCCGAGUUGGAAAAAUUGGGCCAGAAAUACCGCCUAGCUUUACGCGUGGCAAAGGACCCCCGAUUCGAGCGCAUCAAGUGUGACCACAAGGGAACAUAUGCGGAUGACUGCUUAGUGGACCGUGUUAUCAAACAUCGUGUUUACAUUGUGGCCACGAACGAUCGCGACCUAAAGCGUCGUAUUCGAAAAAUUCCCGGUGCGCCAAUCAUGAGCGUCGCUCGUGGUAAAUACGUUAUUGAACGACUUCCCGAUGCUCCUGAGAAAUGA